CUCCUGUCACUCAACCGAAUUUCCGACUUUUUACUGCGGUGCCAGGGACGAUUCGUCGCUUUCAGUAAAUAAAUGUUUUAUUUUGCCAAAAUGAACGAUAGUGCGCACGUGCGCGCAUAGAUAAUGUUGACUUUUUAGUUUUUUUCAGGCUGGGUUUUUGUGUCGUAAACCAGAAUGAUGUUUGGCUAUUUUAAAACGUUUCCUACUUAAUUAACAAUUGCUGUGAACGUGUUUGUUUCAUACAUAGACUUCGAUUGACGUUUACGUAAGUACAUGGCUGAUCUUUAUUUGGGAACGGAAUGUGUUUCAGGUAUCCAGAAAUUGAUUACUAUAAUUUUUUAAUGUAAAAUUACAACGGCGAUAAACUGCGAGUUGUGGGUCAACAUUAUUUAAAUAGCCUGCUGAAUGUGGAAACCAUGCUGCCCGUGGGGUAGUUAGUUUUACCAUUAGGUUGUAAGUAAAAGCGUUUAAGUAUUUGGAGUAGGCGUACGUUGCGAGAGUCAGAAUGCUGAAACGUGGAACUAUUGGUAAAAACACAUACAGUCCCUAUGCAACUAGCCAAAGGGUGAAGAAAGCAGACUCUAAAGGCUUAUUGGACAUUUUACCAAAUAAACGUAAUAUUUGGCUGAAACAGCUCUCCUCCCUCCAGGAGCAGCCAAAGAAAGCCGGCGACCUCCCCGAUGGCGCCUCCCCGACCCUCUCCUCCUCCUCCGCCGCCACCCUCUCUCCCCCCUGCUUCGGCAACAGCACCGUCUCCUGCCCGGGGACCCCCAACGUGCAGCACGGCCGGCAGGGCGCCUCAGCGUCGUCUUCGGUUUCAGGGGGUCCCCUGAAACGCCCGUCCACCCUCAGUCGGCACGCCAGCGCCGCGGGCUUCCCGCUGCAGUCCUGGGUCUUCAGCAAGGGCUACCACCACCACCACCACCAGAAAGGGACGCUGGUGCCCAGCCCGUCGCAGGAGAGCGUGGAGUCGGUGGUGUCCAUCGAGGCGGAGGACAUCCCCUUGCUGCUGAGAGACGUGGCUCGAUUCGCCGAGGCCGUGGAGAAGCUCAAGGACGUGGUGCUGGGAGAAGGUAAGCUGGAGAACAGGCGGCCCCUGGCCCAUGAGUGUUUGGGGGAGGUGCUGCGCGUCUUCAAACAGGUGAUCGCCAUGUACCCGCUACUCAACACAGUAGAGACCCUCACUGCAGCCGGGAAACUCAUCUCCAAGGUCAAAGGAUUCCAUUAUGAAACCAGCAACGAUGUGGAAAAGAAGGACUUUGAGAAAGCCAUCGAGACCAUCGCUGUUGCCUUCAGUAGCAAUGUUUCAGAGCUGCUGAUGGGGGAGUUGGACAGCAGUUCCCUCCUGUCUGUACCGCCCACAGAGAAAAGCAGGUCUAUGGAGAACCUGUACGGAGCGUCAUCACACGGACUGGACACUCCCAUGAGGAACGACCUCUUUGACAGUGGCACGAGUCCUGAGGAGGUGGACAUCAUCCUGCAGCGUAGUGAGGGAGGGGUGGACACCGCGCUGGCCUACGCCAAGACCAUCUCCAAAUACAUGAAGGACCUCAUCAGCUACGCUGAGAAACGCACUGCUCUGGAGGUGGAGUUUGCCAAGGGCCUACACAGACUCUAUCAGUCUUCGAAGCAGAGCAUCACGCUGCCCCAUAUGCCCCUGUACUCGGUGUACUCCCAGGCCCUGGAGCAGGACAUGGAGCAGAGUGCAGGAGUGCAGCAGGCCUCAGUCACCGUGCAGAACAAAACCUUCAUCCAGCCUCUACUUCAGCGGAAGCUUGAGCACGAGAAGAAACGCAAAGAGCUGAAGGAGAGUUGGAACCGGGCCCGCAGAAAGCUGAUGGAGUGUGAGACAAACUUGCGCAAGACCAAGCAGACGUACAUCGCUCGCUUUGAGGAGUACGACAAGGCCAAAUCGGCCGCCUGCAAAGCGGAGGAGGAGGGCAGCAGCUCCACGGCCAAGUCUGUGGACAAGAAGAAGAAACUGGAGGACGACGCACGAAACAAGGCGGAGGAUGCUGAGGCGAGCUACAAGCUGUGCAUCGCAGACACCGUCACGCACCACGAGCAGCUGGAGGACCUGAAGGUCACCGUGCUCCGGCAGAUACAGGAGCUCAUCAAGCAGAGUGACCAGACCCUGCGCUCAGUGACCAUCUCCUACUUCUCCAACAUGCAGCAGCAGACGGUGGGGCUGCCAGUGCACUACCAGAGCCUGUGUGAGAACAGCAAGAUGUACGACCCGGGACAGCAGUACGCCACGCACGUCAAGGAGCUGCAGAUGCCAUUGGAGCCCGAGAUCAGCUACGUCUUCGAGCCCUACUCGGAAAUGUCCUCCAGCACGCCACAAUCCAGACCCCGCAAUGACAGCUUCAACACGGAGGGUCAGGGCUCAGCUGAUGCAGCCGACUCUGCAGAUGGAUCUGGAUCGGUCAGCUCCAAGGGUGACUCCAAGAAAGGCCGUGGCCACCUCACCCACAAGUCUUGGGGCUCAACAGUGAGCGACACGGACAGCGUAGAGGCCGGCGGCAGCCUGGGCUCUCCUACCACUAGCACAGGGGACAUCAGUAAGAUGGCAAGAACGUCCUCAACGGGAACCAUGUCAUCCAACGAGGACACUGAUGAGAAGGAGGUGGCCACAUUCGAAUCCCCCAAUUUGAAUGGCAUGGAGCCAGAGAUUCCAGUUCCUACGGGUCCAUUCCGCAACAUCGGCCUCUCUAAAGCAGCACAGACUCACAAGCUCCGCAAGCUGCGCUCCCCAGCCAAGUGCCGCGAGUGCGACAGCUAUGUGUACUUCCAAGGAGCAGAGUGUGAGGAGUGCUACCUGGCGUGCCACAAACGUUGCCUGGAGACCAUGGCCAUCCAGUGUGGCCACAAGAAGCUGCAGGGUCGGCUGCAGCUGUUCGGACGAGACUUCUCCCAGGUGACGGGCGGCAGCACGGACGGCAUCCCCUUCAUCGUCAAGAAGUGCAUCUGCGAGAUCGAGAGACGGGCGCUCAGGACAAAGGGUAUCUACCGUGUGAACGGGGUGAAGACGCGUGUGGAGAAGUUGUGUCAGGCUUUUGAGAACGGCAAGGAGCUGGUUGAACUGUCCCAGUGCUCACCACAUGACAUCAGCAACGUGCUCAAGCUCUACCUGAGACAGCUUCCAGAGCCCAUCAUCUGCUUCCAGCUGUACAACAGCCUGAUGGGUCUGGCCAAGGAGAGCAUGCAGGCGGAGGAGGGCGGCGAGACGGGCAAGGGCCCCGAGCUGAAGGACCAGGGCCCCAACACCAGCCCCGAGGUCCUGGCCCUGGUGGAGAGGCUGAAGGAGCAGCUGGCCGGCAUCCCCAAAGACAACCACAGCACGCUGCGCUACAUCGCUCGCCAUCUGCACAGGAUAGCUGAGCUGGAGGAGGAUAACAAGAUGAGUCCUAAUAACCUGGGCAUCGUGUUCGGUCCGUCCCUGAUGCGCCCGCGCCCCACCGGCGCCACCGUGUCCCUCUCCUCGCUGGUCGACUACCCUCUGCAGGCCCGCAUCGUGGAGAUGCUCAUCGUCUUCUACCUCCCAAUCUUCCCCUCCAACUCCAGCUCCUCCUCCACAACACACUCUGGCUCCACCACCGGACACCACACGGCCGCCACCACACAGCAGCAGGACGGCAGUGUAACACCAGAUGACUCAGGAAGCGCCGAUGGAGCCUCCGCAUGCGAUGAGCACGGAGGUGUGGGUGCCGACACAGACACGCUGCCGGACGAGGAAGGCACUGCAGGAGGAGGAGGAGAUGAAGGGGCAGAGCAGAGCCUGGACUCUGAGGCGGACACAGAGCUGGAGGCGGACACCACAGGGGAGGAAGGCCAUGCACAGCAGCAGGCCAGUGACACCAGCGCUGAGGAAGAGCACCACGGAAAGGAGGAGGAGGAGGAGGAAGGGCACCCUGAGGAGAGCAGUAGCAGUGGAGGAGGAGAAGGAGGACACCCAGGCCCCACACCUGUCAUCCUGUUGGAGCCAGACAGCCAGGAAGGAGAAGGAGGAGACGCAGACCCAACACCACCUGCCCUGCCCGAAACAGAACCGCCUGAGCUGGACGACCCAGAUGGGGGUCCGGAAGAAGGCUCCACCCUGGCCACCCUCAAUACCAACCAGUCUAACAACUGCCUGCUUCGGAUCGAGCCUGCCGUUGGUGUCGGUGUCGGCGUCUGUGUCUCGCCCUACCCAAAGUCAGGUGCUCGCAGGUUGAGCGUCUAUAAAGAUCAGGGUCGAGAUGGGAAGGUAGAGUUAAUCUGAAGUGACCAUGCAGUAUUUUUAAUUAAGUGUUUGUUUUUUAAUUGCUAUCUUAACGAAGGUGUUUUUUUUGUCCCUUUUUAUUAUACAUAUAUAUCAUAUAUUUUAAAAACACAAAUGUGAAGAAUUAUUCCUCCUCGAGAAGGCCUAUAACUGCACAUAUCUGGAAAAGCGUCCUGGUAUAAAUUCCAAAUCACUUUUUAUUACUGUUCCGUAUUUUCACAGCACCAUUUCAGCACUAAAGCAAAAAAUAUGUUGGGUAUGUUGAGUCCCUCUGUUGUAUUGUAAAAAUGGAAUUUUUUACACGUUUUUGUAUGUAUGUCCCAUGCUCGUGUUUUUUAAUUAAUAAAGAGAAACUGAUGCAA